AUGACAAUAGGCGAGGCAUUUCGGACGGGGGGGCUGGAGAUUCAUUCCAGUGGGGUGACACAAGAUGGCGCGGAGCACCAGUUCUCGGUGGUCUACGAGGACCUCGAGAUUGCGGAGGUCAUCGGGAGGGGGUGUUCCAGCGUUGUCUUGAGGGCGAGACACGUCGGCACCGACAGGCCCCUGGCGUUGAAGGUUAUCAACAUGUUCGAGAAAGGGAAGCGACAUCAGCUCAUCAAUGAGAUCAACGCGCUUUACGACGCCAGCCACCCCACUGAGUUCCAUACUGGAGUAAAUAAUUAUGUGUUGUGUUCUUCGCUCUUCGGUUGGUGCAUCACUCCUUUCUGUGAAUGGAGCGUGAUCCAGUUUCUGGGGGCCUUCUAUCGCGAGGGAGCCGUGACAAUCAUCACGGAAUACAUGGACGGGGGAUCGCUCUUGAACGUCCUGCGGCAGGUGGGCGCUGUCCCCGAGCGGGCCCUGUCGAGCGUGGCGUAUCAAGUGCUGCUGGCGCUGGACUACCUGAAGCGGGAAAAGCGCAUCGUCCAUCGAGACAUCAAGCCAAGCAACCUGCUCAUCAACAGUCAGGGGGUUGUCAAGGUGAACAGGCAGGGGGUUGUCAACGUGAACAGUCAGAGGGUUGUCGACGUGGACAGUUUCAGGGUCGUCAAGGUGACUGAUUUCGGGACAUCAGCCGGACUACAGAGCAGCUUCGCUAUGUGCGGAACCUUUGUGGGCACGUUCAAGUACAUGUCCCCGGAGAGGAUGAAGAACGAGAGGUACAGCUACAGCUCCGACGUGUGGAGCCUGGGGCUCGUGCUCAUGGAAUGCGCCACCGGGGAAUUCCCGUACAGGGACGAAACUACGGCCAUCGACCUCGUCCAGACAAUAGUAGACGCCCCCGCGCCCGAGCUAGAUCCCUCGUCUUUCCCGGCGAACUUCUGCAGUUUCGUGGCAGACUGCCUGAGGAAGAGGCCUGAUGAUCGCAGCCCGGCGCAGGCCUUGCUGGGGGCGCCGUGGAUCACUGGUGGGGGGCUGGCGGUUAACCUGAACGCCGAUCUUGUUUCGGCCACGGCCAACGUGAAGCGGUGGAUAGACUCUCCAUCCUAG